UCUGCAGCAUGUGUCUGCCACGUGUUCGAGAUGAGGAGCCCGCCCAAGUCUACCCAGAAGGAACACGAAGGCACCACACUUCAGAUGUUUCUGCCAGGCAGUCUUUGGAUAAACGUAUCCACUACAUGCAAAACCUAAGGAAGGAGAAGAGGAAAUUGGGAAAAAGGUUUGCAAGGCCUGCCCCCGUUCCAGAUCCAGGAAUUAUAAGGGCACAUCCUCCUAAGCCCUUAGAACACAAAGAUGAACAUGGUCAAAAUACUGAGAAGGUUCAAGAUCUUGCUCAGCAGGUGCCUAAUAUCGCUGUAAUAAUAGGAUCGAAAGAGUCAGACAAGGAGUGUCCAGUCCUAACUGUGAUACAGCUCUGA